AGAUUUCCUGUACACAUUCUGCUUCUCUGUGAUGACCGCAAAAAGUAAAGAGGCGACCUUUAAACGUUGUCCCGUCACGAGCCACAACCACCACUACACACCCACGUAGAUUCUUUUUUUAUAUAUACUUUUACCCAUUUCUUUAUUUAUUACCGCUAUGUUCUGCCCUAACUUGGCCUGCCUCUCCACCCCGCUGCUGCUCUGGCUGCUCUCCUGGUGCUGCUCCCCUGCCUACGGAUACUUCGCAGAGGAGCGAUGGUGCCCGGAGUCUCAGCUCCAAGCUCCGCGGCUUUUCCUCGCUCUCAUCUGCAGAAACUCCGCUCACUCGCUGCCCUAUUUUCUCGGCACCAUUGAGCGACUCAACUACCCCAAGGAUCGCAUGGCUCUAUGGGUAGCGACUGAUCAUAAUGAGGACAACACUACAACCAUCCUGCGAGACUGGCUUUCCACCGUGCAGACUCUUUAUCAUUAUGUGGAAUGGAGGCCAAAAGAAGUGCCCAGUCGCUAUCCAGAUGAAGAUGGUCCAAAGCAAUGGACAGACCUCCGUUAUGAGCAUGUAAUGAAGCUUCGACAAGUGGCUCUGGAGUCAGCCCGUGAGAUGUGGGCGGACUACUUCAUGUUGGCGGACUGUGAUAAUCUGCUCACCAAUCCCGAUGUGCUCUGGAAGAUGAUGAAAGAGAAUAAGACGAUCAUCGCACCAAUGCUGGAGUCACGUGCGGCCUAUUCCAACUUCUGGUGUGGAAUGACAUCACAGGGUUACUAUAAGCGCACACCUGCCUACAUACCUAUUAGGAAGCAGGUGCGUAAGGGCUGUUUUGCUGUACCCAUGGUCCACUCCACCUUCCUGAUUGACCUGAGGAAAGAGGCGUCCAAACAGCUAGCCUUCCACCCACCACACCCUGAAUACACAUGGGCUUUUGAUGAUAUCAUUGUGUUUGCUUACUCUGCUCAGAUGGCAGAUGUCCAGAUGUUUGUUUGUAACAAAGAGACCUAUGGAUACUUGCCUGCACCCCUUCGCUCCCACAAUACUUUGCAAGAUGAAGCUGACAGCUUCUUGCACACAGUGCUUGAGGUUAAUGUGCGGAAUUCCGCACUGACGCCUUCCAAACAUGUACGUGUUCCCAGACGAAAACCUGACAAAAUGGGAUUUGAUGAGGUAUUUAUGAUAAACUUACAAAGGCGAACUGACCGCAAAGAACGCAUGUUGAGGACUUUGUACCAGCAGGAGAUCGCUUGCAAGGUUAUUGCAGCUGUGGAUGGAAAAGCAAUGAACAUCAGUGAAGUCCAGGCCAUGGGCAUCCACAUGCUUCCAGGAUAUAGUGACCCUUAUCAUGGUCGCCCACUGACAAAAGGAGAGCUGGGAUGUUUCCUUUCACACUAUAAAAUCUGGGAAGAGAUUGUAGAACGGCAACUACACACCUCCCUGGUGAUCGAGGACGACCUACGCUUUGAAGUAUUUUUCAAACGUCGCCUGAUGAACUUGAUGUAUGAGGUUGAAGAAGAAGGACUGGACUGGGACCUUAUUUAUAUCGGUCGCAAGAGAAUGCAAGUGGACCAUCCAGAGAAAGCAGUACCUAAUGUGCACAACUUGGUGGAAGCAGACUAUUCAUACUGGACUCUGGGUUACAUGAUAUCGUUACAAGGAGCAGAGAAGCUUCUGAAAGCAGAACCUCUGAAGAGAAUUUUACCGGUGGAUGAGUUUCUUCCCAUCAUGUACAACAAACACCCCGUAUCUGAUUACAUGGAACAGUUUGAAACCAGGGACUUGAAGGCGUUUUCUGCUGAGCCUCUUCUGGUCUAUCCAACACACUACACUGGUGAUCCAGGCUACAUCAGCGACACGGAAACCUCCACGGUGUGGGACAACGACAAAGUCCGAACAGACUGGGACAGAGCACGCUCGGGGAAAACCCAGGAGCAGGCUAAAAUAAGUAGUGAGGCCCAGAACUCUGACGUCCUUCAGUCCCCCUGGAACAGUGCAGCUCGAGACGAGCUAUGAGACUGACAGAGAAAAUCAACCGGUGCAUAGAACAAACCUAUUUUUUUAAUCGUGUGUCAUAUUGGAUACUAUUGAUUUUUUUUUCUCAGUAGGGCUAGAAAAAUGAGAGUGUGCAGAAAGGUUUAUUUGACGCAAACGUGACAGUUAAAAAAGGGAUGGAGUUUUCACCAGUCUGUCCGUUUGUAUUUUUAUAUAAAGGCACUAGACUUGCCAUUUGGGAUGGCAUUUGCAGUACCCAGCCUCUGUCUGUCAUACAGAAAUGAUUCUAUAUAUCACUAAAUGAUGCAAUUGGACUGUUUCAUUUCAGUCACUGGGCAGAUAAGUAACGUUGCUCUGGUUUGACAUGACACUGUGAAAUGCUUUUAUAUUCUAAUGAGGGAUUUAUCAAACCGUGUGUCGCUGAACCAAUUCUGAACUUCAUUUCCGUCGUCAGAUGUCACAAAACCUGCAUGUCUUUGGGUUUAGACGUUAGUUUGUUCUAAUUAACAUUUUUUGCUUUACUGUCAUCUGCUGAAUGGGCAAAGAGUUUGCAGUAAAUCUUUGCUGAAGCAACAAGACAUGUGAAAAACAGUUUGAAAUCAAAUACUGGGUAAGUCAAUGCCAUGUCUUGUUUGUUCCUUCCUGGUUUCUGCCUGCUGUGGCUGCAGUUGGUCUCUGCUGACUUCUGUCUGUUAAUGACUGGAGACAUUUUCAUCACUGAUUUUGCACAGAAAUGUUAGCGGUACAUUGUGCCUACAAAAAAAUAAAUAAAAUACUGACUUUCUUAA